GCAGAAGAAACAAACGACCCAGCGCCUUCCGCGAGUGUGCUCCCGAAGAUACACGGCCGACUUCCCUUCGGAACCGCAGCAGCCACAGCGGAAGACUGAGAGAAGAGAUUGCAAUAUUUAGCAUCGCGUACCCUGUAAUGACUGCAUCCGCGAUAUAUUGAGGAGGGAACAAAAAGGGGCGCAACCGUUCCAGCGAUCACCACUUGUGCCCUAAGGUUCCGAGCUUGGACGUCGACGAGCUUCAAGGAUGAAGUGCUUUCUCUUGCUGGUGACGGCCGUGGUGGUGACCUGCGCUCCGAGUUCUGACAGCGAAAGCGCUACCGAGCUGUACAAGUUACUGCCGGCCGUUCAAGAUUGUGGCCUCAACGAGGUGUGGAAGGAGUGCGUGAGUAGCAGCUGCGCCGAGGCCUCCUGCAGCAGGCCCGUCAUCGGGCCCGCCUGCACGGCUGACUGCCGCCAGGGAUGCUACUGCGCCGACGGAUUCUACCGUAACGACGAACGAAACUGCGUCCGACUGGACCAGUGCCCGCAACAAGGAAGGGGAGGAAGACCUGGACAGCCAUGCCGUGAGAACGAGGAGUGGAAGGAAUGCGUGAGUAGCUCCUGCGCGGAGGCUACGUGUGAGAAAAAGACCAUCGGUCCCCAAUGCACCCACGACUGCCAGCAAGGCUGCUACUGCGCCCAGGGAUUCUACCGCAACUCCGAACGCAACUGCGUCCCCGAAGACCAGUGUCCAUCAUGAGUGUAGUCUCGAGUAAACAAUUACUACCGACCAAUAAAGUUUGCUCUCACAUUGCA